GAUCAUGACCUGAGCUGAAGGCAGCCGCUUAAUGACUGAACCACCUAGGCGCCCCUACAUGGAUUUUCAUAGAUAAGCAGGCUGGUAGAUUUAAAAAGUUAACUUUAGCAUUAUUAAUCUUUGAUCAUAUUCAGUAAGAAUGAACUUGUUCUAGCAGUUUCUACAAUGGGCAUUGCAGCUCUACAGUGGGCAUUGCCUGGAUGUGUUUUGGGGGUUCUCAUAGGGGUAAUAGUAGUACUUAUUUGUGAUUAUAAACCUACAGAACCCUAUGGAAAGAUUAAGAGGGGUAGCUUUCUGGACCAUAUAGUACCCUUAUUUUUGCAUUUUCUGGGGGGAAAAUAAAUUUGCUACUACUUACUUGGUAUGGCUUUGUAAGUUCUGUUAGAUAGAAGUGACUUAAUUUGGAAAGGACAAUGCCAUAAUUGGUUUUUUCCACUGCCACCUUUGAGUAUGUAAUAAAUACAUUCCUGAAGAGUUUGAUAUGUAUCAUGUUGUGUUAACUGUUUCAAAACCCCUCUAGUCACAAUAUAUUAAGACAUGGUAAUGAGUCAUUUUACAAAACAAAUUGUGUACUUUCAACUGUAUAAAUAUUCAGUGAAUUAAACUAAGUUUGUAAACAAUGCAUGGAAUAAUAGGUUUUUUUAAAAGGAUAAUUACAGAUCAUUCUUAUAGAUGAGCUUUAGGCUGAAUUCUAAAGGAACAGCAAAGGUAGGUGAGAGAAGUUAGUGGAGUUGAUGUGAAACUUUGAGAAGAAUAUAAAAGUAAUCACAUGGGUUUUUCAGUGUAGCAGUCAUGGUGCAGCAGGAAUCUCCUUUCGCCCCUGAAGACAAGGGCUUCCUGGGACAGGCUUCCUGCCCUGUAUGAGACUAGAAAUUGGCCACCAGUCUUUAUAGAGUUUCUGUGUUACUAGGUGGACUCAGUAGCCGAUAUAUUACAAGAAGUGGUAAUAAGAGGGUGAAACAUUUCUCUACAUUUGAUGAUUCCGAGGGCACAGGGAAAUGAGAAACUAAGCUAUCGCUAUAUACCUCUUUUUCUUGCUCUCCUUUCCUUUCACUGAGGGGUAUGGGUUUUAUUUCAGAGGGAAUGUACCUAUCCUGUCUUAACCCAAUGGUGACACUUGGCUCCUAACAAGUGUACCUGUGGGGAGGGGUUUGGUUGUCACAUUGGAGAAUAUGGGAGGGCUUUCUCUCUCCUGGCCCCAUUUAUAAGCUAGGGGUUGCUUCCAUUUGCUUUGUGUGCUAUUGAGUUUUCCUCUGUUUUCCCUAAGCUAAGUUCUAAGCUAAUUCUAUACAAAAGAAAUACUAAUUAGUUGUUUUUAUAAAUUGCUUGCCUUAAUGCCUGAUAAUAUGCAGUAAAAUAAGGAUUCUGCAUACAUUUAUAUAUGUCAAAUAUUACAGAGUUUAAGGUUCUUUUAAUUACAAUACUAAACUCAGUUCACUUUUGCUUAGCCUUCACAGUUGUUGAUCACAUAGCAUGGUCAUCCACUCACAGCUUAAAAAAAUACAGGGAGCAUCGGAGAGAAUGGGUUCAAUGUAUCUAUGCCUGCCUACUUCAAUCUGCAAGGGAGUGUCAGAAAGGCCCCGCAUUCGCCGAGCCCAGCAAAAGGGAGACACUUCAGCUGGAACAAAAUAGUGGAAGAAAUGGCGUCUGGGGUUCAGUGGGGAUUCGCAGAGAUACUACUCGUCAACGAAUCAAAUUCAGUGAUGACAGAGUAUGCAAGAGUCACCUUCUCAACUGUUGUCCCCACGAUGUCCUCUCUGGAACUAGAAUGGAUCUUGGAGAAUGUCUGAAAGUUCAUGACCUGGCUUUAAGAGCAGAUUAUGAAAUUGCAUCCAAAGAACAAGAUUUUUUCUUUGAACUUGAUGCUAUGGAUCAUCUUCAGUCAUUCAUUGCAGAUUGUGAUAGAAGAACAGAAGUGGCUAAGAAAAGAUUAGCAGAAACUCAAGAAGAGAUCAGUGCUGAAGUGGCAGCAAAGGCAGAACGUGUUCACGAGUUAAAUGAAGAAAUUGGUAAGUUGUUGGCCAAGGUGGAACAACUAGGAGCUGAAGGAAAUGUGGAAGAAUCUCAGAAAGUAAUGGAUGAAGUAGAGAAAGCACGGGCAAAGAAAAGAGAAGCGGAGGAAGUUUAUCGGAAUUCUAUGCCAGCUUCCAGUUUCCAACAGCAGAAACUUCGAGUCUGUGAAGUCUGCUCUGCCUAUUUAGGUCUUCAUGAUAAUGAUAGACGACUGGCUGAUCAUUUUGGGGGUAAACUGCACCUGGGAUUUAUUGAAAUAAGAGAGAAGCUUGAAGAAUUAAAGAGAGUUGUAGCUGAAAAACAGGAGAAAAGAAAUCAGGAACGCCUGAAACGAAGAGAAGAAAGGGAGAGAGAAGAAAGAGAGAAGCUGAGGAGGUCUCGAUCACAUAGCAAGAACCCCAAAAGGUCCAGGUCCAGAGAGCAUCGCAGACAUCGGUCUCGCUCCAUGUCACGGGAACGGAAGAGGAGAACUCGAUCCAAAUCUCGGGAGAAACGCCAUCGCCACCGAUCGCGCUCCAGCAGCCGCAGCCGCAGCCGCAGCCACCAGCGCAGUGGGCACAGUUCUAGAGACAGGAGCAGAGAGCGAUCCAGGAGGAGAUCCUCAAAAGAAAGAUUCAGAGACCAAGACUUAGCAUCACGUGACAGAGACAGGAAUUCAAGAGACAGAUCACCUCGUGACAGAGAUCGAAAAGAUAAGAAGCGGUCCUAUGAGAGCGCUAAUGGCAGAUCAGAAGACAGGAGGAGCUCUGAAGAGCGCGAAGCAGGGGAGAUAUAAUUAGCUGUGUACAUAUCCUCAAUCCUUAAGCUUCCUAUGGAGUUACAUACUAUUGUUUAGUUUACAGCUGUUGGGGGUAACAGUGAGCAGUUCCAGACUCCGAUCCAAAUAGGCUAGAUGCGCAGUAUCUAACUUGAUCUGAACUGAACUUGUUUCCCCGAUGAAGCCUAAAACUACAUCCAUAGUUUCUGGUGAACCUGUAAUGCGAUUCUGAAAGUACAGUUUUAUAUAAUAAGAUGCUGAUAUCUUUAUUCUUUCUAGUAGGAGUGAUAGUGAACGAAUUGUGUUGCUUGCCUUGGGAUUUUUUGAACAUUUGUAAAAUGCUGUCUUCCUUUCUAGUCCACAAACAGCAGCUUUCAGGAUUUUUCUUUUUAAUUCUUCUUCCUCUGACUUUUGUAUCCCCUAAUACCUCCACCCUCUAUCAGAGAAAGGGGGAGCAGGGAAGCAAUAUAACUUCUGUUCUAAGGUUCUGUUCCCAUUUAUUACUAGCUGAUUACAGAGCAUUUAUACUGGAAAGUGUGCUGGAGAAAUUUAAAUACUGAGAGUUUUUGUUUUGUUUUACGGUGCCUAUUUAGAGUUGGAAGUUGAACAGCUGUUGCAUUACCUACUUUGCUUUUUUAUUGAAAUUUUGAAAUCAAACAUGUCUUGAUUUUUCUGUUCUAUUGAAUUGCUAUGUUCAGGAUGUUUUGGAAAGGGGGGUGGGGGCAGGGACUCUUUCAUAAGCACUUGUUUUAUUUUGUGUGUGUGGAGUAUAAAGGCUACAACCUUACUGUAAAAAUUAAUAAAAUGAAACAAUCACCACCACCAUCAUUAAACUGUAACUUGUCUAGUAAAUUGUCACUAGAACUA